UCGACGUCGAUCUCCACCACCUCCUGUAAAAUGCAGUAGUCUGUCUACAGUCUCGAACGGCCGUACAUCUUGCACAAAUGGUUAUAAUCACAAUUCAGUUUGUACAACAACGUGUAAUUCAGGAUAUAGAAGAGUAGGAAGUAGUUCAACAAAAUGCCAGUCUAAUAAACGAUGGACUGUAUCUCAAGCAAGAUGUCAAGUUGUGACGUGUAGCGGUCCAUCAAGUACCCGAAAUGGCUAUAUAUCUUGCACAAAUCGUUACUACUAUUACAAUACAGUGUGCACGACAAGGUGUUAUUCAGGAUUUAGAAGAGUGGGCAGUUCUUCAUCACGAUGUCAGUCUAAUGGUUACUGGACAGCAUCUCAAGCAGCAUGUCAACCUGUAUCGUGUAGCAGUCUAUCAACUACCCGAAAUGGCCGUACAUCUUGCACAAAUGGUUACGUAUACAAUUCAGCGUGUACGACAACGUGUAGUUUAGGAUAUAGAAGAGUAGGAAGUAGUUCGAUACGAUGCUUGUCUAACAUGCGAUGGACUGCGUCUCAACCAACAUGUGAACUUGUAUCGUGUAGCAGUCUAUCAACUACUCAAAAUGGCCGUACAUCUUGCACAAAUGGUUAUCAUUACAAUUCAGUGUGCACGACAAUAUGCAAUUCAGGAUACAAAAGAGUGGGAAGUUAUUCGAUACGAUGUCAGAUAAGUACUCGAUGGACUGCAUCCCGAGCAACAUGUCAACCUGUAUCGUGUAGCAUUCUAUCAACUACCCGAAAUGGCCGUACAUCUUGCACAAAUGGUUACGUAUACAAUUCAGCGUGUAC